UUGGUUGGUACUUUGUUUGUUUUUCUUCCCUUGUGCUCUCCAUUCACUCCUACUUCUGUGGGUUCGUCUCUCUCUCCCCUCUUCGUUCUUCAUCGUGAUGAAGAAAAGUUGAAGACCCAGAUUCUUGGACUUGUCUCUGAAGACGCAAUGGUUGGAGGUUAUGUCAUGGGUGGUGGUUUAUCCGAGUUGUUCCAUAUCUGUGCCUAAUUUACCUGACUAUAUCUGCUUCCAAUUAAAGCUUUGAUAUUUGCAUACAGCUUCUUUGGAAAAGUCCAAAAAAGAAGACACUCCUUUAUGACACUAAGUUAACUUUAUUACCCUGGACUGCCUCUAAAUUUUGCCUUUCUCAUCUCAGUAUAUUCUGAGGAAGAAAAAUAAAAUGCAGUUCUUAGAACUUUCUUUUCCUAAUCCUCUCACCCCAUCCCAUUCGCCACCUUCUGCUCAUUUCUCAACUUCUAUUUUACCGUCGCAUCAACCCAUCAAACCUGGAUACAACUCAGGGUCAGUUCCUAGAUUGUACACAUCAUUCGGAAAGUUCUCUAGGCCACUCGUUAGUUUGGGAAAAAGCAGCCGUUCAGUUAGAGUUCGUUGUGGAAUGAUAGACCAUGAUGACAGUUUUUACAUGAGGAGGUGUGUGGAGCUUGCAAGGACAGCGAUUGGCUGUACAAGUCCCAAUCCUUUGGUGGGAUGUGUAAUUGUCAAGGAUGGGAAGAUCGUCGGUGAAGGAUUCCAUCCUAAAGCUGGUCAGCCUCAUGCUGAGGUGUUUGCUUUGAGAGAUGCUGGUGAUUUGGCAGAUAAUGCAACUGCUUAUGUGAGCUUGGAACCAUGUAACCAUUUUGGAAGGACUCCACCAUGCACAGAAGCGCUGAUCAAAGCCAGAGUAAGAAAGGUGGUAGUUGGGAUGGUAGAUCCUAAUCCACUUGUGGCUUCAAAAGGUAUUGAUAGAUUAAGAGCUGCGGGGAUCGAGGUGACCGUUGGGGUGGAGGAAGCGCUGUGCAAGAAUCUCAAUGAGGCCUUUAUACAUCUGAUGCUCACUGGAAAGCCUCUUCUUGCUCUCAGGUACUCCAUCUCCCUUAACGGUCAAGUCUCAGAUCAUCUUGGUGAAGGAGCCACUGACUCUGGUGGGUACUACUCCAAGUUACUGCAGGAAUAUGAUGCAGUCAUGCUCUCUUCAACCUCAUUAUCUGAUAAACCGUCACUUCCCACUUCCCAAGAACCUGGUGCUAAUCAACCUCUUCGGAUAGUAAUAGCAAGAAGUUCCAAUGCCAAGCUCGAAGUCCCGGGUCUAACUGCAGGAGUUAAUUCCAAGCUUAUAAUCUUUACAGACAAAGAGAGUGGUGUGGAAUCAAAAGCGUCACUGGAAGGAGUCGAGACAGUUAUUUUCGAUCGGAUAAAUAUGAAUGCCAUCUUGGACUAUUGUAAACGUCAAGGUCUGUGCAGUGUUUUGUUAGACUUCGCAGGAAAUGCAUAUGACUUCGAAGAGCUUGUCAAGGAGAGCGUCGAGCAGAAUAUGCUGCAGAAGAUUUUGGUCGAAGUAUUGCCUCUAUGGUGUGAAGGAAAUGACAGAAAUGCACGUUUCCCAUUGAACACGGCGGAAGUACGCAGAAUGAAGAACUUGCAAACCAAGAUCUACCGUAAGAGCAUCAUAUUAGAGGGUCAUCUUUAGCAGAAGAAUCUUGAUCAAAGCAAUUUUUUUUUUUGGCCUGUAACCUUGUGCGAGAUUCUGUGCAUUGAAAUAAACGGUGAUAUUUGCUUCACUCGUGAGAGUUAUUAUGUAUCUGGCUCUAUCAAUGUAACUGAAAAGUAAAAUUCGGAAAUGGAUUUUUAUGACGGUUUUUUUUAUAA